CCUCAAGUACUAAUUUGUAAAUUGCCCAAUUUUAAUUGCAGAAGUCGCAAAAAAGGGAAAACAGGAAGCCAUGCCUUGGUCUCCAGCAAACUCCACUCAGCUUCAAAAUAUUCACACAGAUACAGUCUUCGUCUUCUAAAAGACAACCUUAAUUUCAAGCUCUCUCAGUCGCUUCUCAGCCAACACGCAUUCACUUCUUCCAAAUCCCAACUGGGUUUUCCUUUUUCUUCUCCAAAACCAAAUGGCUCAUUCAAGAUUCCCAUCUUCUUAAACCCUCCAACCAUCUCAUCAGAAUGAUAAAUGGUUGUUGUGAUGAUGAUGCAGCCACCGCCGCUGACCUCCUCUGGACUACCGUCACAGCCCAAUUCUUCCACCCUUAGAUCCCCCACAACCCCUACUCAAUCGCCUCUUUCUCUUGCUCCACAUUCCAUUUCUCACCGCCAACCGCUGCCAUCGCUGUCUGCCGAUCAUGUAAUCGCUCCGCCCAUCACUGCUGUGCAACAGUCCGGUGAGCCAGUGCUGAUGCUUGCAAGGGUCAGGCUAUCUGAUAUAGCACCGUUUGAUGGGGCUCCGGCUGGACCUUACAUGAAGGCGGUAGAGGCGCUUUCUGGGUCCUUGAUGAGGCAUAAUGCGGUGGUUAUUGAAUUGGGCAGUGAGGACGCGGCGCUCAUGAGAUGUGGGUUGGAAGCGGCGCGCAUGUUUUUUAGGACUCGGGUUCAGAGCGGUGGCAGUAAGGGAGGCAGCCGUGGGUUAUACAUGUACAGGGCUGGAAGGGCUUUGGAAGAUUGUGAUUCUUCUCCUCCAUGCAUGGCAGAAAUAUUUAGAUGCAUGGGAAAGGCAGCUCGUGCUGCUCUGUGUGCAAUAGCAAGGCAUCUUCGUUUGCGAAGCGAUGUUUUCAAUCAUUUACUUGAUGAUACCCCCUUACCUGCAAAUGAGGUGUCCUCGUCAGUGCUUCUUGCAACCUAUUCCCAUGUGUCGUUGCAAAAUGGAAAGGGGGCUAUUGGAGGAGGGAAGCCAACAGUUAAUGGUGAAGUUGAGAAGGGAUUGUUAACGCUGGUUUCUUCAGAUAAUCCUGGUCUACAGGUUUGUGACCCCAAUGGUCGAUGGUACCUGGCAGAUUGUGGUUCAGCUCCUGGGGAUCUUUUACUGAUUACUGGCAAGGCACUUAGCCAUGCUACUGCUGGCCUUCGUCCUGCUGUGUCAUAUAGAGCUGCACCUGAUUACUCAUCUGGCACUAACAGUGGUGGGAGGACAUCAUUGGCAUUUAGGCUUAUGCCACAGGGUAAUGCCGUAUUAGAUUGUUCUCCGAUUGCAGCAGCUGGUCAUGUUAUUCCUCAAAGCUAUGUGCCAAUAUCUGUAAGCCAGUUUAUGGAUGACCUUUCUGCUGAGGAGGAUGUAAUGUGCAAUCGACCUGAUAAUAACUAUGUUGCUCAUUAUAACUUUAAUAAAGAACCAUCAUUAAGAAGUGUUCUCUCAGAUCCAUUAUCCGGUGCGUUUCUUGAAGAUGCGGUGUUUGUUUCAUGCGGACACUCCUUUGGUGGUCUCAUGCUAAGAAGAGUCCUUGAAACGUCAAGAUGUACCCUUUGCAAUGCAGAAAUUGAGCCUGGGUCUUUGAUUCCUAAUUUUGCUUUGAGAGCUGCAGCUGCAGCUAUAAAGCAGGAGGAUAAUCGUAGGCUAUUUCAUAAUGCAGCUCUUCGGAAGCGUCGCAAAGAAAUGGGUGACCAAACAGAUUCCAUGAGAAGACCAAGCAGGGAGAAUGGAGAUGUUGCUGCUGACAAUGGUUUGCAUAAGGGGGUGCAGUAUCCUUUUUCUGUCAAUGAGAAAGUAGUAAUUAAGGGAAAUAGGAGGACGCCGGAAAAAUUUGUUGGAAAGGAAGCAAUUAUCACCUCGCAGUGUCGCAAUGGCUGGUACUUGCUUAAAAUUAUUGGAAGUGGUGAGAAUGUUCGUCUGCAAUAUCGUUCUCUUAGGAAAAUUUUGAGCUCCCAGGUCAUUGAAGAUAGAUGUGCUUCGCUGCCAAUUCAGAAUAGCAACUCGUAAAUUUAAAUUUCUGCAAGUAAAAUUAUAAUCUCCAUAGAGCUCAACCAGCGAUCGAUAUACAUAUAUAUAAUACGUAUCUUCCUGUUCUUGCCAAGAAUGUGAUAUGGUUUCUUCCAAGUUACUAAAUCUGAAUAUGUAGCUAGGAUUAGAGGUAGGUUAUAAUGGCUCCAUUUAGCAGCAUGUAGAGAGAGAGAGAGAGAGGAGAUUUCAAACACGGCCUGCUUCUUUGUAACACGAGGGUAUGUACUGUGAUUUUUUUUUAGUUGUUAUUUUUUUUUCAAGACAGAAGAAAGCAUCUUCUUUUACUUUGAUUUCCUUUUCUUUAACAUUUCAAAAUCAACUGACUUACAAGUAUGGAGGAUAAUCAUAUGCUGUCAAAUAUAGUGUACCAGAAAUCAAGUUGGAAAUUCCAAGCAUGAAUUUGAUCAA